UCCUCUUUCAUAUCUUUUUUAACCAUUUGAGAAAUCGGGCUGCCUUCUCCCCCCCCCUUCCCGAGCGGCUGGGCGACAGCGGGUGCCCGGCGCGUGCAGCGAGUGGCAUGAACCUGGAGGGCGGCGAGUGCGGCAUGACCUCGGUGAGCUGCGGCAACGGGAAGCUCCGGCAGUGGCUGAUCGACCAGAUCGACAGCGGCAAGUACCCGGGGCUGGUGUGGGAGAACGACGAGAAGAGCAUCUUCCGCAUCCCCUGGAAGCACGCCGGCAAGCAGGACUACAACCGCGAGGAGGACGCCGCCCUCUUCAAGGCUUGGGCGCUUUUUAAAGGAAAGUUCCGAGAGGGCAUUGAUAAACCAGAUCCCCCAACCUGGAAGACAAGGUUACGGUGUGCACUGAACAAGAGCAAUGACUUUGAAGAACUGGUUGAGAGAAGCCAGCUGGAUAUCUCAGAUCCAUAUAAAGUGUACAGAAUUGUGCCAGAAGGAGCUAAAAAAGGGGCAAAACAACUCAGCAUGGAAGAUCAGCCAUUAAUGAUGAACCAUCCUUUCCCAAUGGCUUCUCCUUACACUUCACUACAGCCUCAGGUGUCAAACUACAUGCUGCCUCAUGAACGGAACUGGAGAGAGUUUGCCCCAGAACAGCACCCUGACAUUCCCUACCAGUGCACUGGUGUUCCUUUUGCCACACGUGGUCACCCCUGGCAAGGUCCUGCCUGUGAAAGUGGUUGUCAGGUCACUGGAACCUUUUAUGCUUGUGCACCACCUGAGUCCCAGGCUCCAGGAAUUCCAAUAGAGCCAAGCAUAAGGUCUGCUGAAGCGCUCGCCUUGUCAGACUGUCGACUGCACAUCUGUUUAUAUUACCGUGAAACACUAGUAAAAGAGGUGACGACUUCAAAUCCUGAAGGCUGUAUGAUAUCACAUGGCCAAAAUUAUGAGGUCAAUGGCCUGGAUCAAGUUAUCUUCCCUUACCCAGAGGACAACGCCCAGAGGAAAAACAUAGAAAAAUUACUGAAUCACUUGGAACGGGGAGUGAUAUUGAGGAUGGCACCUGAUGGGCUUUAUGCUAAGAGACUUUGUCAGAGCAGAAUCUACUGGGAUGGGCCUCUGGCACUAUGCAGUGACAGGCCCAACAAACUGGAAAGAGAGCAGACAUCCAAGCUGUUUGAUACCCAGCAAUUUUUAGCAGAGUUGCAAGCUUUUGCCCACCAUGGACGUCCACUGCCAAGAUUCCAGGUUGCUCUGUGUUUUGGAGAGGAAUUUCCAGACCCACAAAGGCAGAGGAAGCUUAUUACAGCCCAUGUUGAACCAAUGUUUGCGAGGCAGCUGUAUUAUUUUGCUCAACAAAACAGUGGGCAUUUUCUGAGAGGCUAUGAACCUAUACCAGAACAUGUCACUAGUCCAGAGGAUUACCACAGAUCUAUUAGCCAUUCCUCUAUUCAAGAAUAAAUGUUGCAGAAUGAGCAUGUUCACAAUGGUGUAAAGAUUGUGCAUAAUGGAAGAUCACAUCUGGAUCACAUUUUGGAGCCGAAUUUCUCCAGAAAAACAAAGGGUUAAAGAUCUGAAACUCAGCUACACUGACAAUGUUGUCUAAUAUGAAAGCUGGGUCUUCAACAUUUGGAUGAAGAUGCAUCUCACAGAUUCUACUGUUGCUGGGAUACCUGAAAACUGACACAUUGAUUGAUAUGUUUACAUUUGUUUAAACAUGCUUCAUGGUUUUGAGGACAAUUUCUUAAGACUUAAAUCCAGGGAUUGCAACAAGAUAUUUGCAGUUAUUUAUUUGCAGUCCCAAAUCUCAGGGAAGGUUAAUGUGUUUGCAAUAUUCCCAGCAUGAAGCUGUAGUUAGGACAGAAAAGGCUGUACCCAUUUGGUGUAGCAGUUGUAGGUUAUAUUGUGAAUAGUUAUGUGCAUAAAUGUUAAUAAUUUAGCUUUAUAAGCAGGGUAAAGAUUUUAUUCCUAUAUUCUUCUAUGAAAUGUAUCAGUGAGAUAUUUUUAUGAUCAACUGACAUUUCUCCUCACAGUGAAUUUCAUUGCUGUUAUUGGAUUGCUAUCUAGGGGCAUUUUUACAUGUGUAGGCACUGCAGUGCUGGGCACUUUAAAAAGCACCUGGAGCUAUGAUACUUGCAGUUGUAUAAGUGGUGAAAUGUGCAUCAGUGCAAAGAAAAUGGCGGUGGUGUACUUUUGAACUAAAACACCUAGGGUAGCAAUUGUCAGGAUGGUAAGCUUACAAUUAUGUGUUAUGAAUCAGUAGUUCACAAAACCUUUUGCUAUUUGUAUUGCAGGUGUGACUACUGAUAUGAAUUCUAAACAUGGAAAGAGUAGGUUUUUUUGAGAAAAUAGCUAUAAACUUUUAUAACAGUUUGCUUGUCUUUGUACAUGUAUAUUAGGGUUGUGCGAAACGGCACCGUUCCAUUUCAGCCAGCAUUUUGCCGUUUUAAUGGAACAGCGUUUCUUUUAUUUCACUUAGUUUUGAAACCGCUGUUCUGUUUUGUUUCGUCGGUAGAGUUUCGCUGUUUCAACGAUGUUCGAUGUUUCAUCCACAGGCUACAAUGGGGAAGUUCAAAACAGCCUAUAACUUUAUCAUUUCUGGCCUGAUUUGGAUGAAACGUGCAGGAAUGGUAGCUCCUUCUGAGGGCAUGAAGCCGAAGCCUGCCAAGUUUCAAGGAGAUAGGUGGAGGGGUUUCAGGGAAACUGCACCUCAAAGUCUUGAAAGCAAAACUCAUGUCACGUGUAGGUGUUAAGCCACAGCAGAGUGAAAACUGCAGGUGUGCUAGCCCCUGCUGAGGCAAUGAAGCCUGCCAAGUUUCAAGGAGAUAGGUGCAGGGGUUUGGGGGAAACUGCAUCUCAAGCUGCUGACAAGCAAAACUUAUGACAUGGGUGACACUGUGUGUGUUAAGGCACAGCAGGGUGAAAGCUGCAGGCAUGCUAGCCCCUGCUGAGGCCAUGAAGCCUGCCAGCUUUCAAGGAGAUAGGAGCACGGGGAGUCUGGGUUCUGGGGCCCUGCACCCCUAGCUGCUGACAGGCAACACUCGUGACAUGGGUGGGUGACACUGUGUGUGUGUUAAGGUGCACUCUCACUCAGCUGACACCAAGGCAGAAAGCAGGGCAGUUCAAACAAUGCUGCCUUUUAUGCAGUUUUUCCAUCCCUCCUCCAGAGCACUGGGAUUGGAAGGGAUCUCAGGGAAGGAUGACAGUCACUGGCCAGCUACAGUCAAUAAUGAGAGCAGUCCUUCCCCUCUCUUCCCCCUCCCUCUCCUUACUUUAGUUUCUGUUUCCCUGCAGGCAAGCCCAGCUUGAGCUUCGAAACUCGAAACAUUUAAAAAAUUUCAAAAUGUUUUGACUUGCCUUAUUUCAUUUAAAAGCCAUUUCGAAGCUCUCUGUUUCAUUUUGAUGUUGCUGUUUCGAGCUCAAAACAAGUUGAAACAGCGUCGAAACAUAACUGCUGGUGAAAUUUUGCACAGCCCUAAUGUAUACAUUAAUGUUAGUGAGGACUUCAUUUGAGUAGGUUUGUAUCAAAGAUGUUAGAGUUAAGAGAGCCACCUUGUAUUAACUUCCAAGGUGCACAUGUUAAAUAUUCAAAGAGUAGAUUUCUGACUUAGGUCCACAUUCUGUCCUUGGGCAUGUACUUACUCCCCCCCAUUGGUAUAGAAAUCCAUGGGAACCAUUUGCCCAAUAAUGAGAAGAAUUUGGACCAUAUUGCUUAACAGUGUUGGAUAAUAUCUAUCCCUCCUUUUGCUUUGAAAAGGGAAAAACAUGUAUUCAAGGGAUUUGUAGCUUACUGAUGGGGUAGUGCUGAUCACAAUGAUCUUUUCUGGCCUUAAAAAUCUGUGAUUCUAUGUUACUUAUGCUGGAACACAGUCAUAUCCACAGUUGGAAAGGUACUUUGUGCGUGUAUCUAGCCAGGUAAGAUAUGUAUUUGGCCUAGCAGCAGACUCAUGUUCCAGGGAACUUAAAUUUAUACAUCUUAAAGAUGCAUGCUAUUUUUGGGAUAUAUUAUCCUCUUCCUAUUGCUGCCACUGCUAAAAAUUUUUAUGGAUUUUUUUAUGCUGUUCAUUAUUUGAAAUGCAUUUCCUGACUUCUGGGUUGGCUUAAAGCAGGAGUAUCAAACAAGCCCAUGGAUGUCCAGCUUCCCCCUUCCCCCAUGCCAGAUCCACUGCAUGUGGCAUCCAUUCUGGGAACCUAAGUUGGUCCCUAAGCCAUCAGAGUCCCCAUGGGUUUGACCACUGAAGUAACACCAUAUAUGACAAAACCCUGAUUUUUAGAGGGAGUCCACAGUGGUAGAGUCUGUUUUCAGCAUCACUGCAGGUUAGGAAGUUAUUGAAGUAUCUGGCCAAUUCCUUAAGCUUGUUGUUUUUAAGCUGAUACUAAUUUCCUUUGGAAAAUUAAAAAAAAAAAAAUUAGCGCUGGUAACUCCAAACUUUGCUGCCAUAGAAGUACAGCUGACUGUUGUCAGAAGCAGAAUUGCGUCUUAUGUGAGAACAAGAAUGGUAAUGAGCUAUUGACAGAUUAGUUUGAAUCAUUCUGGCACGGGGCUGGGCAGGAACAUUCAAAUUGUUCUAUCCAGUAUGUAAAGAUCACAGCCUGACAAUUUGAUGUGUUUUAGAGAAAAAAGGGUAAAGAAACCCUGGAAGUGUAUACAGCCGCUGAAAGGUUCCAUAUAUGGUCUGUUCAUAGUUGUUCAUUGCUGUUCAUAGAUUUUUUAGCAUAGUUUAGUGUCAUGUUCUUUUAAAAGAUAAUUGUACUGAGCUAAAUGUUUGUAAUGUGGUACAUUCCAAAAAAGCAGGGAAUCACAAUUCUAUCAUGAAAAAUUAUAAUAAAGUAGUUUUCUAAAACUUAUUCCAUGUUUUAUUUGAUGAUGGCUGUGGAAGUAAAGUACUUUCCAAGCAUACAGUGGGCGCAUGCACACAUGCACUGGACUGCAAAGUUACUGACGUUACUGUGCAGUCCUGAUGCCACACAGGUAAUUUCUGACAGUCCUUCGGAGUAGUGUUGGCAUCAUGGUUUGUGCCUGUCGAUGCUUUUUCACCAUGGCAAUGAGCUACGGUGAUGUAGCUCAUUGCUACUGCAACGUAGCAUCUUGUGUAGACAUGCCCACUGGGUCAUGAGAACCAACCUCAUGAGGACUCAAAGUGGGUAGGUUAGCAGAGCUGUUAUGCUAAUUGCACUUGGGCCCUAAUUUAGCAAAGCACUUAUGUUGUUCUGAGUUUUGUGUCUGUACAUAUGUUCAUUCCUUCUCCGAGAAGCAAGAGAAGAGGAGCUAGGACAAAAAUAAAGGAAGAUCAUCACACCAAAAAGGCUCAGAUUAAACAGCAGGAACUGAUUUAAGUGAACUGCAAUGAUAACCAGCAACGUAACAACAGCAUAUGUCGCAUAGCACCCAAGAGAAGAAUCUAGAGGUUACAUGAGGGACUCAAAGUCUCUGUAUGCAGCAUUUCCUACAGACCAGGGCAAGAGUUAUUCAAUUUUGGAAGAAGAUUUUAAUUAUUCUUAUGGGCAGGAGGCUGGGGUAAAGUCAAAUUUUGCUGAAGAAGAAGGGUUCAAAAAGAAGAACUGCAUCCUGCAAGAUGGUGGCUAUAUGAUCUGGUCCAUUGGUAGCAGAGGAUAACGUCCAUGUGAAACUGCUUAAACAAACCCAGAAAUGGGUUAAAAAAAAAAAAAAAAAGAAAUGUGUCUGUAUAAUUUAACUGUGGAUCACAAUGCCAAUCAAUUUUUAAGUACUGUAUUUGCCUUAUAUGACUGGUCUUAAUUGUUCACAAUAACCAAGGAUAAUUAAACUGGAAAAAAAAAUAACCCUGAAAA